AUGAAGGCUGUUGUAGAGCAUGUUCAGUUGCAGUUCAUUCCUGAAAUUGACAACAAUGUCGCCUCCCUGUGCGUAGAGCAGAAUGUGAUGUGUUUUGCACUGAAAACAGGGUUUUUAUUCGUUAUAGACCUGGCUACACCUUCGAAAGUGACAAAAUUCAAGUUUCCGCUGCUGGCAGCGCCCCAGGAGAAAAUUCUCAAAGUGUGGAUGGAUCCUAGCGGCUCGACCCUGUUUUUGAAGACAAAUUUUGCCAAGUAUUACAGUCUUACAAGAACUAGUUUAGGAGCCGACAUUGCUGAGCAUAUAGUGCAUUUGAAGCGUCUCUGCAAAAAAAACUGCGACGUACUGACAAUAACUUGGGUCGACGCGAGUCACAUUUUGUGCGGAACACAAGAGGGAAACGUCUACUGGGUCGAUCUCGAGCAUGAAAACUCGGUUUCUAGGGUUUACAAGUCGAAAACAUCAGUUGAUGGACUAGUUUACUCCAAGGGUCAGUGCGCAUUCUUGAGCAGUAAAGACACUAUUCGGUUCUGGAGCAAUAUUGAUGAUAGCUUAAAGUUUCUCAGCGGGGGAAGCGUCCCAGAGACGGAACAGUUUGAGGAACUAGAAGCGGCAACUGGGAAAAAGUUAACCUUUUACAAUAACACAUUUGCAUGGAUAGCGGGCCCAGGAGUGGUAUCUGGUAGUACAGGCAAGCAAGACGGUGUCUUGAGCGCUGCAACUGUGUUGCUGGCAGCUGAACUUCCGCCCUCAACACACAAAAUUAAAGACGUCCUUUUAAGCAAGUAUCACAUUCUCAUAUUACGAGGAAAUGAGCUUGUCAUAGUCAACAAGCUCAAUAACGCAGUGGUGGACCAAAAGUCAGUUUGGACCCAUGGCUCAGAGAAAAUUGUUGAGUUCACAGCAGAUUACUCUCAAAAUCCACCGACUUUUUGGUGUUACUCCGCUAGCAACAUUUUUGAGAUUAUAAUGCAAAAUGAAGAGGAAGGCAUUUGGAAUGUGUUGUCUAAACAGGGACGUUUUGAUGAAGCUUUGCGAAUUGAGAAACUAACACUGGAAGAAAAGAACCAAAUAUAUCUUCGAAAAGCGAAUCAACUCUAUUCGCAAGGUGAAUUUGUGAAAGCAGCAGAAAACUAUGGCAAAACUUCUUCAAUCACUACUGGCGAAGUUGGGCUAAAAUUUAUAAAAGAUCCUACAAAAGUGGACGCUUUGCAAACAUAUCUUCUGACAAAGCUGGAGGAUUCUAAAAGUCAAAAAAACAAUGAAGUUCAGCUAAUUCUGCUCAGCAAUUGGAUUGUUUGGAAUUUUGUACAGAUGCUAAAUGCCGUUGAUGACUCUAUAUCAUCAGAACAAAAUGCGAACAAGCUGGAAUUGUUGCAUGCUCGAAAGAAAGAGCUGAAAUCGGUCUUCAAAGAUUUCUUAGCGCAAAACCUUUCUUUUCUAGACAAAGACACAAUCUACCAGAUAAUGUCUCAUCAAAAUCGAAAAAUGGAAGUAUUGACAUUUGCGAAACUUGUUAAGGACUACAAAUACGUUUUGUCAUACUGGAUUAGGUCCAAAAAUUGGUAUGAGUCACUGAAGGUUCUUAUGACAACACAAGAUCUUGAGUGCAUCUAUAAGUAUGCCACAACUUUGCUCAUCAACUCUCCGGACGCCACCGUGAACACCUGGAUGCAGAUUCCGUCUAUAAACCCAUCCGAGCUCGUUAAUCCUUUACUCACGUAUUUCGCCAAGUUUCAAAAACUUGGCUUCGAAAUGGGGCCUUCGCGCUCCAAUAUAAAUUACGCUUUAAAAUACCUUAUGUGGUGUUUCAAAGAAUACGUGGGCGAGGAAUCGCUAGAUCCAGUUGUUUACAAUGCUGCUCUCUACAUGAUGAUUGCCGCUUAUGAUGCUAAGAAUAAAGAAGAUGACAUUAUUGCGUUUAUCGAAGGAAAUAUGGGGCAUUUUGACAAUGACUUCGUUUUACGGCUCAGUAAUAAAUUCCAAAGAUACAAGGUUUCGGUUUAUUUGUAUUCACAGCUCAAACUUUUUGAGGAGGCCGUGACGCUGGCAGUGGAAAAGGGCUUGCUGGGAGACGCCAAAUUGGUCGUCACCAACCGCGAACUAGACUCAAACUUUCGUCUAAGACGCAAGUUAUGGUUAAAAAUUGCGAAAUACAUGAUGUGCGAUCAGAGCGACAUCCAGGGUAGUAUCAAGUCUAUUUUGCGAGACUCAAAUGACACUUUAACAAUUAAGGAUUUGCUGCCUCUUUUCAAUGAGCUCACUACAAUCGCCAACGUAAAGGAUGAACUAAUACGGAAUCUGGAAAAGCACAGUUCAGCCAUGAUUCACAUUACGCACGAGAUUAAAGAAUCGAUCAAGAUCAAAAAGGAAAUUGCAGAAGAUAUCGAGCUUCUGAAAACGCGCUAUCAGACACUAGAGCCUGGUGCGUCUUGUGGUGUCUGUGGCGAGAUUCUUCAAACGCGCAAGUUUUACGUUUUCCCAUGCGGACAUUCAUUCCACACCGAUUGUUUGAUGAAGGAAAUUCUGAAAUCAACAGACUACUCACUCCGCAACAAAAUUGAAGCUUUCCAAAGAGCUGCUGCAAAGGAACCCAAGGGCUCUGCUGAUCUCAAAGAACUGGACAGACUGUUGUCGACCAAAUGCUGUUUUUGCAGCGACAUCAAAAUAAAUAGCAUUGACGAACCACUUGAUUUGAGCGAAACCGAAAGACAAGCGUGGUGCAUUUGA